AUGCACCAGAAGCUGCGGCGUCAACUGAUCAGACGCGUGCAAAUUACCAAACAACACGACACGAACGGACUCCAGUUUCGGGGACACGCGGGAGCUGUGGAAAACGCAGAAACAAAUGCUGCACCCACCUGUCGGAAGAAGGGAUCCAAAAAGGCCUGUUUUGGGGUCAACCGGAAGACUAGCGGAUGGAUUGAAUUGAAUGGAGUUGGCAUUCUUAUGAAAAUUCAAAGUAAAAUGGCUAAGAUGAAUCCUGUUCCAAGCAUUCAUCCGUCACUUGAGAGUCAUCAUCCGGAUUUGGGUCAGUUCGGCUCUUGCGAGCACGCUCUGUCGUCCCCUCCGCGUCCAAAUAUGGCACGAUGA